UUCUACCUUAUAAACCGACCUCGACGGCUGAGCUGCGUUUCGUGUUGGUUUCAGAUCUCUCUUUUCUCACUUCCCUCGCAUCUAAUACACGCCUUCUUCUCUAUUCCACUUCCUACUUUCAGAUAUGGCAGAAUCAAAACCAGGAUUGAGGAAGCCUGUGUUUACCAAGGUUGAUCAGCUUCGCCCCGGGACCAGUGGGCAUACUUUGACUGUGAAGGUGGUUAGUACCAAGUUGGUGAUGCAGAAGGGUCGUCCUGAUGGACCUCAACCUCGGCAAAUGCGAAUUGCUGAGUGUUUGGUGGGGGAUGAGACCGGAAUGAUCAUUUUUACAGCCAGAAAUGAUCAAGUGGAUGAGAUGAAGGAGGGAUCUACUGUGAUCCUGCGCAAUGCCAAAAUUGACAUGUUCAAAGGAUCAAUGAGACUUGCUGUUGACAAGUGGGGCCGUGUCGAAGUCACAGAACCGGCUAGCUUCACUGUCAAGGAAGACAAUAACUUGUCCCUCAUCGAAUAUGAACUGGUGAACGUUGUGGAGUGAGAGACUCGAUACUGGUACAACUUAGCAACUUCUGCUGUGUCAUAAUGGUCAGAGAAUAAAACAAAUCCAGGAAUGCAGUCUACUUAGGAAUAGAGAUUUUGGAAGUCAAUGGUCCAAUGUUGCUUCUUAGUUCUUACACCUGACUCGGUGGUUUUUCGCAAGCUGAACUACUGAACAGAAGAUGGCAUCAAAGCGGAAGAAGAAUAUAAUGUGAUUGGCUUCCAAGUCUUGCUUUUUGUUUUGCUAUCUUAUCUAUUUAUCUCUGGAUUUUCUGUAUGUUCGACUGCUAUGUAUUAGAAUAUUAUGUGGAAGAGUAGCCUUCAUACUUGGUCC